CCCUUGGGUUGUCUGCUACAUUUCAGCUAUCGUCAUGGCAACGGGGAAAGACGCCUUCGACAAACGUCAUAAUAUCUUCAGUCAACGCAUACAAUAUCUGACGUACUAUACCUACAUGUGCCAGUGACGAUUCGGCAUUGUAUGUUAAUCUCAACGAAAAGCAGCAUUUUAUACAAGACAUGGAUGAAUUAGAUGAUGAUUUAUUUGGGACGCUUUCGAAAAGGAAAAAUUCCCCUGGAGUUAAGAAGAAAGUUGCAUUUCAGGAUUUUAAUGAGGAAGAUCCUCUGGCUGACUUACUGUCGGAUGAAGAUGAUUUACAAGUUGAUCCUGCACCAUCGAGUACUGGAGUAAAAAGUAGUCGUAUAUCAGAUUUGUUUGGUAUAAAGCACACAGAUUCUUCAGAUGGAAUUGUGCAACAAGGUAAAACGCAGCUUAUGAUAGAUCCUAUGGUUGAAAAGGCACCAGAAGCAGCUGAAAAAGUGGUUGUCAAGGCUGAUGACUGGUCAGGAUUAUCAAAUAUGACAUCAAAGAUAGUUUCGACUGAACAACACGGAUCUCACACUCUGACACGCUCUGAUAAUAUAAUUAAUGAUGGAAUAGUACCAAGUUCUAACGAAAGGAUUAGUAGCAUUGCAGACAAGACUAAGAAGUCAACCCUGAUGGAGGAUCUGUUUGGCAGCAAGUCUAAGUCAACCAGCGCAAAAGAUAAAUACCUUCCUAAGGAGUCCACUACUGCUGGAUUGAAAGUCUCUGAAUUACAGAACAAGUCCGAACAGCUAUCAACAUCCUCUAAUCCUGUUGGAUAUGCUCCGACUGUUUCUGCUCCCCGAGAAUCUCGCAGAGGCAGACGGAGCUCAGGUGGCAUUAUUGAUCCUCUUGGAAUGUUUUCAUCAUCUUUGACUGGCAUAGCUGAAAUAUCCGGAGCACACACUGCUGAGGUAAAUACAUCAAGACCGGACUUUACCUCGUCCUCUAACAAUAAGUUAAAUAAUGAAUCAACUCCAAUGAAGCACACUGAUAAAAGUAAAGACCUGCCAACGGAAGAUUUACCUGAGUGGCUAGUCGGUCCGAAGCAAUCAAUUGAGAGCAGUGCAUCAGCUAAAAAGAAAGCAGUCCUGCUGUCUGCAAAAGCUGCAGAUAUAGCUUCGGAAGAGCCUCACACAUUAAUGAAUGAAACAACAGAGAAUACUGCCCACUUCUCAACUGUUUUGAGUUCGGAGCAACCACCAGAUUAUUCUCAACACCUAUCGGUACUGAGCAGCAAUCAAUUCAAUCAACAUGCAACUUUGAUGUCCUUGCAACAACAGGAGCAUGAGUUGAGAACAGCAGUCACGUUAUCCAAACAAAGUGAGCAAUGGAAUAAACUGAUCGAGAGCCAAAGAACUAGACUCAACGAUCAGGAAAAACAAUUUAAUAUUCUCAUAAAGAAACAAAUUGAUCGACAAGAAUUACUUGAGGCUCAAAUGCAGGCACAGCAAGAGCGGAUUAACUCUCAUUUACAGGUGCUAUUGGCUCAGCCUACUUUGGUACCAAUGGGAUCAUCGGUAAUAGGCCUAGAUGGUAUAAGUAAAGAUCCUGAUGCAAAUAUAAAUCACUCACAUGAAUUUGAGCAUAUCCUCAAAAAGUUACAAGCGGAGAAAUUUUAUUUCGAAAACAUCUUGGAUAGACUGAAAGAGCAGCAUCAAAAAGCAAUAUCAAUUAUAGAAGAAUCUUAUACGAGGCAUAUGGAAAUUGUUGAUGAGCGUGUGGUGAAGUUAGAAAAGCGCCUAUGCCAGCAUGCUGAAGUAAUGGAAGCCGACUAUGAGGCAAAGAUACAGAAAAUGAAAGAAGAGCAACAAGUCCUGAAGAUAGCGCAUGGUGAGGAAAUAGAAGACCAGAAGCGAGAGUAUAUAAAACGCAUAAAAGAAAUACAAGAUCAACAACAUCGCAAUUUAGAGCUGGUACAGAAAGAAUAUAUCGAAACAAUUGAAAAUAUCAGCAGGGCUAAGGAAAUUGAACGAGAAAAUAUAAGCAAUGCCACUAUUCAGACUGUAAGUCUCAAUGACACUCUGCAAACAAUGAAAGUUACACUGGUUGAGAUUGGGGAAAUGAAAAUUAAACUUGAAAAACGUACCAUGGAAAGUGAUCAGGCUAAAGAACUAAUUUUAAGCCAACAAAUCGAAGAAAUAAAAGAUUUGAAGGAAUAUUUGAAAAAGCAGCACGAGUGUCUUGAAGUAGAUCGCAAGGAGGUAACACAGGCAACACGGCGGUUGGAUGGUGAAAUAUUACGUUUAAUUUCCGAAUUCGAUAGUUAUCUCAAGGAGAAUAAAGAAUCCGAAAAUAGGCUGAAAAGUAGAGAGGAAGCACUAGUUAAAGAAAAGGAAUUGCUCGAUACGCAAAUUCAAUGGGAACGUCGCCAUAUACAAACAAUUAAAGAUGCGUGGAUCAAAGAGCAGGAGAGGCAGGCCAAGCAGCUGGCUGAAGAACGGGAUGGCCUCGCGGCAGAAAAAGCCAGACUAGAGACACUGAGAAGAUUAAAACUUGACGAUAAUGAAACUGCAAAGGCUGAACUGGAAGCUGCUCUGUGCACCGCACGAGAUGCAUCUAAUCUUGCAAAUCGUGAACGACAAAAGUGGAGGGAGAGAUUAGCUGAACUUGAAAUGCAGAAACAGCAACUGGUGGAUAAAGAAAAUUCACUGACACUUCGUGCCAAAGAACUCGAGGAUCUUACCCAAUCUGCUUUGGAAAAAAGAGAUGAAGGCCUUAAAGCUCUGAAACAAGCUCAUUACCUUGAGGAACAACAAAAAGCCUACUUUGAACAACUACAACUGCAAUCAAAAGCAUUGGCACAACGUGAAAAUAAACUUGCUGCUGAAAAAUUGGUUUUAUCAAGAGAAAGAUUGGCACGGAGGAUGACUCAUGUAGAUAAACCUGAGAAAGAUGUAGAAAGGACUGUGCCAGUUAGAUAUAACGUGGAUCAAGAACACCCUGUCUCUGAGUUUAAUGGACUGUCUGAUUCGCAAAUGACAACACAUUUCAGGGACAUCGUAGACCCACAAUUGGUCUUGUUGAAGAUAGACUUGGAUAAUGAACUCAAUGCAACAAGGAAACUGCUGAAUCUAUGGUAGGGUCAUCUAGAUACCUUUUGCGUGAUUUUGGACGGCUAGUCUUUUCCCAAGAUUCCCCAACCGGAGAAGCCCGGGAGUCAGAAUCUGUUGUUGCUAGAGUGUCGUCAUG